UGUGCGUCAGUUUCUCACAAGCGUCGUGGACGAAUCAAUUCGUUGUCACAUCAUUGUCGUUGACGUAUAAAAACGGAAAAAUUGCAAUGCAAGACGGCGAUCCGGAUCAUAUUGCACUAAUAUCAGCGAUAAAAAAUGGAAAGUUCGACAACGCAAGUGAAAUUUUGGCGUGCGUUCGCAAAAAUAAAUACGUAGGUCCAUUAGGUGUUCUUCAAGUGACAGCCCUGCAGAUGGCUGCGUGGCAAGGGAACAUAGAUCUGUUGAAUCAACUCCACGAGAGAGGCGCCGGUAUAAACAGCAAAGAUAAAAUUGGUAGGUGCGCACUUUAUUAUGCGGCGUACGGCGGUAAUGCUGAUGUGACAAAGUGGCUUCUUGAACAUGGAGGAGACGUCGACAUCAAAAUCGGUAUCUACUCAUCUAAGACCGAAAUCCCUAAUGAUAUACGUACCGCGAACAUGCAAUAUAGCUCGUUAGAAAGACAGUUGCCAAUACCCGACUGCAAGGAAAGAACACCGUUGCAUUAUGCGGUGGAAAAUAAUCACGCAGAUGUUGUAGGCAUUUUAGUGGAACACUAUGCAAAUGUGAAUGUUGAAGACGACAGCAAGAUUACUCCAUUGCUCUUAGCAGGAAACUCAGUGAAUCGCGACGAUCUUGAUGAAAUGACUAAGUUCAAAGAGAUCGUUAGGAUCUUAGUAGGUCCAUUAGGUGUUCUUCAAGUGACAGCCCUGCAGAUGGCUGCGUGGCAAGGGAACAUAGAUCUGUUGAAACAACUCCACGAGAAAGGCGCCGAUAUAAACAGCAAAGAUAAAAUUGGUAGGUGCGCACUUUAUUAUGCGGUCUACAACGGUAAUACUGAGGUGACAAAGUGGCUUCUUGAACAUGGAGGAGACGUCGACAUCAAAAUCGGUAUCUACUCAUCUAUGACCGAAAUCCCUAAUGAUAUACGUACCGCGAACAUGCAAUAUAGCUCGUUAGAAAGACAGUUGCCAAUACCCGACUGCAAAGGAAGAACGCCCUUGCAUUAUGCGGUGGAAAAUAAUCACGCAGACGUUGUGCGCGUUUUAGUCGAAGAUGUAGCAAAUGUGGAUGUUGAAGACGAGCUCCGGAUUACUCCGUUACUCUUAGCAGGAAGCGCGGUGAAAAGCUACGAUCUCAAUGAAAUGACUAAGUUCGUCGAAAUCGUUAAAAUUCUAGUGGAGGCGAAGGCGUUCGUUAACGCUGUUCAUCCGGAAACUGGUAUUAGUCAAUCAAUUGGACGUUAUGCAUUAGGUAACAUUCCUCUACACCAUGCGGUAAUGCUAGGCAGUGCAGAAGCAACGAAGAUAUUAUUAUCACAUGGUGCAUUCCCAAUCUAUAAAUGCCAGAGCUCCGGAAGUACACCUCUUCACAUCGCCGCGAGUACAGGGAAUAUUGAAACACUAACGGUUCUACUUGAAACAAUUUCACGCCCGUUCAUUGACAUACACGAUCAGAACAAUCAUACUGCUCUUCAUAGAGCAGUUUAUCAGGGUCAUCGCGAGUGCGUUCAAGCAUUGCUCAGACGUGGAGCUAAUUUAGCUGCCGAAACAGACACGGGAGUUACCGCCGUGGAUGCUAUAUUUCAUCAUAUUGCGCAACCAUUCGACUUUUUAACAGACGUCUUGAAUUCUUGCGUACAAAGUCUUGCAACCGAUAAUUCUCCUUCAAAGAAAUACGAGAAUAUCAUUAUAGACUUCGGUAUAUUGGCUCCAAGAGAUCAGGCGCAAAUGAAAGUAGUCACAGCCAUUAUUGCCGCAGCAUCGGAUAUAAAGCAACUGGAAAUAUUACGGCAUCCAGUUGUGGAAACUUUUCUCAGAUUGAAGUGGGAAAGAUUAAGAAUAUUUUUCUUUCUUCUUAUACUUACACACUUGUCCUUUGUUAUUUCUCUUUCGAACUAUGCUUUAAUGUUUGCACAAAAUGAUGCUGAUCAUGUGGCGACUCGAAGAAUAGUAGCAACCUGUUCUUGUAUUCUUUUGCUUCACAAUAUAAUUCAAAUUAUAUUAGAACCAAAGUAUUAUUUGAGACAACUAGAAACGUGGUUGUCAUUCAUAUGCGUCAUACUAUCCUUGAUAAUAUCGAUAGCGGGAGGGUUCGCAAAGUGCUCAAAAGAAGAAAGUGAGUCUCAGAAUUGCAUGGAUUGGAUGCUACAUUCCAUCAGCAUCGCAAUCUUGCUGAGUUGGAUGCAAAUGAUGUUGUUAAUUAGCCGAGUUCUAAUGUGGGGAGAUUACGCACUCAUGUUUUACACGGUGUUGACGAACAUUCUAAAGGUUCUCUUAGUAUUUGGCUCCUUGAUUAUUGGAUUUGCAUUAAGUUUUGCCGUUUUGUUUCGCGGAAACAAUCAAUUUUUCUAUUUCUGGAAUUCUAUAAAGAUAACUGUGGUAAUGAUGAUGGGCGAGUAUGACUACGACAAGCUGUUUGAAAUUAAAGACAAGUUUCUACCAGUCACAAGUGAAAUCGUGUUCAUGGUCUUCGUCAUGCUGGCCAGUAUCGUUCUGAUUAAUCUUAUGAUCGGUCUGGUGGUUAACGACAUUCAAGGUCUUGAGAAAGAGGGUCACAUACGUCGAUUAAUGAAACAAGCAAAAUUUGUCGCACAUCUAGAAAAAGUGAUGUCACACCGAAUCUUUCACAGGCCAUGGCUACAUCAUCUCUUAAGAAAGCUAUUUCGCUCAAGACGCAAAAUUACUACAACAAUUGUGCUGUCCUCUCAUAAAAAAUAUUUUCGUUAUAUGAAUCCUUUUAUGAACCCUCCAAAGAUUCCAACGCAUCUAAAAGAAGCUUUAUUUCCGUUAGCCAGGAAAUCUUUCAAGAACGAUGAUUUAGCAGACAAAAACAAAGAAAUUGACGAUACAAAACUGACUUUGAUACUAUCCAAAUUAGAGGAACAAAUUCGAGAAUUAAAAACACAUUGUCAUCAUAAUUUAAGAUUAGAAGAUCGUAGAAAGGACGCGGGUUCUCUCAAAAGAAAAUCUGUUUAAAAGAGUCUUAAAAAUAUUUAGUAUAUUGCAAUCAUUUUUCGUUGUACUGAACUAUUAAUCUUUUAGCAACAUUUAUUAUACUCAUUAAAGUACUAUAGAAAAUUUUGUUAUCGGAACUGUAUAUUUUCAAAAAAGAUAAAAAAAAUAUGUGUAUUUAAAAUUUUUAUUUUUUUCUACAAAACCCAAGUGGUACUACCUUUGCAUUUGCAAUAAAAAUUUUUCCUAUUCCAACCCAAGUGAUAGAAUUUUUACUUUUUCCACAAAACUCAAAUGAUACUAUUUUUUAUUUUCAUUGAAAAAUCUUCCAAUCUUAACCCAAGUAGUAUGUAAUAUUUCCAAAAGAAUGAUAAUGUCUUAAAAUUGCACAAUUCCAGUCUUGGUGAGUUGUGUGUAUUUUUGAAAUAAAUGUAUAAAAUUUUUAAAUUGCAAUAAUUAUAUAGAGAAUACACUGCUUUUUUAAAUAACUGAUAUACUACAUUUAAUAAAUAAAAUCCAAGUGUAGUAUCUAUGUAUUUUUAUUCUAUCUAAGAGUCUUCCUUUCCUCUAUCAAUCUUUAAUGAUUUUUAAACAAAACAAGCGGUGAUACAAUCUUAACCUAGGUGGCUAAGAUUGUAACUCAGUUUACUAUUAAAAUAAUAAAUACGGCAUAACCGUUCAAAAGCAAUUGUUAGUACUCAAUUAUCUUUUAAAUAAAUUUUAUAAACAUUUACAAAAUUCCUCCUAAACAGCGCGCCGCAUAAUUGUCGGUCUUAAACACAGCUUAAGAGAAGAAUCCAAAUGUAAUAUCAUAAAAUUGAAUUGCUAAUCAAUAUUUGCAAUUAAUAUUUAUUUGAUUAUUGUACAUAUCUCUACUAUUACUCCUAAUCACAAAAAACUGUAAAAAAAUUAUUGUGAAAAGUCUUACCUCGACUAGGGUAAUAAAAAAGUGUUAUUUCAAUAAAAUUUUUUUGUUCUGUACUGUUUCCGCUUUAAUACUUUGAAAUUACAUUAUAUUCCAUUGAAGUUUUUUUGAAUUUAAGUAGAUUCACUUAGAUUAGAACAGAAAAAAUUUUCAAUGAAAAUACAAAGAUAGUACCCUUGGGUUCUGUAAAAAAAAUUAAGAUAUAAAGCGCGCACGCGCGCAUAUACACACGUAAAACGCAUGUACACACUUAAGGUAUUUUCUUUUUUUGAAAAAGAAAAGAUAAUUUUGUAAUACAAUACGAGAGGUUUUUAUCCGGUAAUAGCAGAUAAGUGAGUAAAAAACAUUAAAAAUACGGAAAAUAUAAUUAUAUGUCAAUUAAUUAUUUACAAGCUAAAAAAUUUUAUUGUAGUAUCAUGUUAACUUACAUUGAUAAUUUUGUUCAUUCACAUAAAACUAAUAUGACCUAAGUUAACCUGGUCUUAAAA